AGGCUUAAUUAAGCACCCCUAUUAAGACUAAAAGGAGUGAUGUCAGUCCAUGUUAUUAUUUUGGAUAAUAUUAUACUUUGCUCUUCAAAUUGUUUCGUAUACCCUCUUAUAGUGGAAAAGUAUGUAUAACCUCCAUGUUAUUAUUUGAAUCUACUUGGAGUACCAAGCCCUAAUUGACAAACACAGGGGAUAUCGACAGAUGAUGUCAGUAUCUUGGAGUUCCAAUCUUGCUCAGCUUCUGGAUUCGAGUUUAUGAUGCAGGACCAAAAGAGAAGAUGUUGUUGAUAAUUCACUCAGGGUUGGUUCCGCUAAGAAUAAGUGGUCGUGGAUUGAGUUCUGUCUUGGGAUUGACGUUGACUAUUGACCAGAGAACAAAUGGCGUUAUAUGGCUACUGUACUAGAUGAGAUGGGUUUUGAUCAAGGCAACGUUGAAAGAAAGACAAUAAUUCAAGUAGAUGAGUUCAGGUGACCCCUCCAACAGUUGCCAAAUCAAUAAUAUGUGAAGUUGCAUCUGUUCUAUGAAGGUGAAACGUAUUCAUGAAUACAAGAGACAGUUGUUAAAUAUCUUGGGAAUUCUUUACCGAUUCAAGAGGAUGAAAGAAAUGGCCGCCAUUGAGAGAAAAGACAAAUUUACCCCUCGAGUCUGUAUAUUUGGAGGGAAAGCGUUCGCCACAUAUACACAAGCCAAAAGAAUUAUGAAACUCAUCACAGAUGUUGGGGCAACCAUAAACCAAGAUCCUGACAUUGGGGACUUAAACGAGUCAAAUGGUAAAAAUAUAGAGAAUCGACAAGCAUCCAAGGAAGAUUUUCCAAGUGCAUCUCCAUUUUCAGGUUCAUUUGGGGAAAUCAAGCAAGAGAAGGAACAUUCUCCACUUCCUAAAACUGAUUACACUCCAUCUACAGCUGACUUGGUUGACUUUGUAGCUAAGUCAACUGUAGAGAAGAAGACUCCUGUUGAAGAUUUGAAAACGAGUCAUAAACAGGAAAUGUCAAACCCAUCUAGGUUUGUUUCUACUUCCUCAAAAAUUGUAAACUAUGAUGCAUCAUUUGGUGGAGGACAACUAGGACGCAUGCUUUGUCAAGCAGCUUCCCAAAUGUCAAUCAAAGUCAACAUUUUGGAUCCUAUGGUCAACUGCCCUGCAAGUUCCAUAUACAACCAUCAUAUGGUGGGAAGCUAUGACAAUAGCGUCAUAGUUGAAGAAUUUGCUAAUAGGUCUCGUAUUGGAUCAGGUUUCAUAUUUGGAUUUGGGAUGAAGAAGAUGAAGAAAGGGAUGUUGAAGAGGGCAAGAAACGAAGAACACAUGUCCAGAUUCAAAAAAUUUGGAUUAGUCACUGUCCUUGGCGUCCUCCGACUGUGGAUCGGUGAUGGAAUGGGAAAGUGUGGAGGAGAAUGA